GUGGGUGGAAGUCAAUAUUUAGGACUCAUUUCCAACUAUGCUCACGGAAUUUGCUAUGGAGGCUGGUUCGACUAUGUGUCCUGCCCACAUUUUCUUUUUGAGAUAGGCAUAUACUUGUCACUAUGGCUGGUGCUACCGCAUGCUUACACAUUCCAAUUUCUGCUCAUAUUCGUGGUAGUCAACCAAUUGUUUGCUGCGCAAAUCACCCACCGAUGGUAUCGAAGAACGUUCAAAGCUUAUCCGCCAGACCGAAAAGCUAUCAUACCCUUUUUACUCUAAGA